AUGAAAGUUGCCCAAAAUAAAACUGACAGUAGCCUUGAAAUGGUGUCUGAAGAAACGGAACGAAAUGAAAACACAGCAUCAUCUUCUCCAUUUCCUACAAAUCAAAUGUCCUCCUUACCCCCAGGUCCUUCUCGCUACGUGCCUGCAAGCCUUAAGAGAUCAAACCAAGCAAUAGAUUAUCUCGAGGCGCAAGCAUUAGAAGCGUUGCAAGAGAAAGAAAACCGCCACUUAUCAUUUUUCAAAGGAAUUUUGCCUUCUUUGGACAGCUUUACGGAAUUACAAACUUUGACAUUCCAAAGCAAAGUUAUAAAUAUCAUUACCGAAAUUCGGUUCGGGGAACAGACUUAA